UUCUAUUGUCUAACGUUACUUAGGGGACGUCGGUAUUGGGGUAUUGCAAGUCCCUGUAUCUAUUGUAGUUUAUUUUUCUACCUGCGUGUACCCGAGUAGGUACAUCAAAUAGAACAGUUCAGUUAGUUAUUACACACGACCGGGAUAGGAUAGUUAAAAUAUUUAGUUGAAAAAUAGUUUUUUGUGAUGGAUCAAAGGUUGUGGCUCCUUGUGGAAUGGGUUGAUGAACAGAAUGUAUUCUCUAACUACGGUGUGGUCAAUACUAAUGCACUGAUCAACUAUGAACCUGAUUUGCAUACGGGAAAGGUGGUGUUUAUUCGUGACAAACAUAAUAAUGGAGCAAGGAAAGGGCAGAUUCUUAGAGUUUCUGAUAACAAACAUUACGUGAAAGAACUAAAACUGAUGUUGGAGAGACAGGACAACCAAGUAAAGAACGUGCUAUCAUUAUGUAUGAACACUAUAAAGGAAAUGAAAACUGGAUCUGUGUUGUUUAAUCCAAACCAAACGCAAUCGCUGUCAUGUCCGAGCGGGGUCAAUGGCCUGCAUCACCAAGCAGCUGAAGCGAGCACCAGCGACAGUGACACCGACCAAGAGGUGAACUCUGAACUUAACAUGACAAAAGCGACACUGAGAUACAACAAUUUCCAACCAAGACGUAGCGAAACUAGCGCUAGUGGACAAAUCAAUAGGCUACUCGACAAUACAAUGUUUAACAAUCGUAGACUCAUAGUAAGCAGUACUCCUUUGCCCGAAAAACUAACGCCUCCCGUUCAUAAGAAGCUGCUAUAUGACCAAAGUACCCAGACCGAUCCACUAAGCGAUACGUCUAUGGAGAAAAUUGAGCAGCUCGAGUCAGUUUUGCAUCGUCUAUACACGCAGUUCAUUACUCUAGUUUCUGACCUGCAUAUCAGUGAAGACCAAUCGCUGGCUUUGGAAAAAAUGUCAGUAAGGUCUGACCAUAACACUGAUGAUGUAAGAGAUGAAUCUGCUACUGAAAGACAGAACACGCCAAGCGUCGACCUUGAUACGGAUAGUAAGAGAAGUUGUAAAGGUCUACAAGUUAGAAGAGCCUCAGCGCAGACAACUAAUGUCGGAUUGCACACUGUUGAAACUAUGGAUGAUAUGGUAUCACUUGGAAGCGGUAAUGUUACUGUUCCAGCCAGAUUAAUGACAGAAAUCGAUUGGACUUCUUACACUUCUGCAACUAGGCAAUUGCUACAAGCGGUUUUUCCAAGGAAAAUAUUAGCAACACACUCACUAACUGGAAAGCAGUCGCCGGCUUUCAAAAACAAACCACCGAAGAAACUUCUGGAACCGCAGCUGGUAGAUGACAUCGUGUGUACAGUCUCGAAUAGAUGCGGCGUAGCCAAACGAAUUGUAAGAUCCUGUAUAACAACAAAAUGCACUGACGAAGCGAAGCUAUACCGUAAUCGGCAGAAUUUCAAAAAGAUAAAGGAUGGACAGAAUCGGGAGAACAUCUCGCCUUCGCCUGCCUCUUCUAUUGAAUCAUCUAACCCUAGAGAUUAGAUUACAUUACUUAAUUAUUGUCUUUAUACGAUUUACAAAACUCACAAAAAUAAAUUUUUACUUCAAUUUUAA